CAACGCAGGGAUGUGGAUGUGAUUGGUGCAAGCAGGUCUCGGUCUAAGCACAGAGAGGAGGGCUUGUUUCAUUCAUUCAUUCUUUGUGUUCCGGUGGGGCGGUGCUCAGAAGGUGGUGCAUGCUCCGCUUGCUCGGGAGAUCUGGGUCAACAGUUUGUAAUAAAAGAAGUCUGGGAGUAUAACAAGUGUGUCACGGCUGGAUUCGCUGUCAGAGACGGUACUGUUCAGAGGCAGUGGGCGCGCUAUAAGGAGGCGGGACAGAUGGGAGUAAGAAUCAGUCACAGGAGCGUGCUGGAGGCUGCUUGGCUAUGUUGUUUGCUGGCUGUCCAGCUGCACAGCUGCCCAGAUACCUGUAGUAAGUGUUCAGACCCAGAAACUAACCAGUGUGAGGAAUGCAGAGCAGGAUGGACACUCCAUAAUCACACCUGUGUAGACAUCGAUGAGUGUGGCACUGAGAUGAGUAACUGUUCUCCCAACAGCUAUUGCUUCAAUACGGAGGGUUCCUUUGAGUGCAGAGACUGUGCCCCGGCCUGCGUGGGCUGUAUGGGUGGUGGACCAGCACGCUGCAGAAAAUGUGCUUCUGGGUACAGGCUGACAGACUCUAAGUGUUUGGAUGUAGAUGAAUGCAGUGACAGGGUACUGGCCUGUCAUGGUCUGGAUGAGCUUUGCAUCAACACAGCAGGUUCUUACCGCUGUGACUGUGCUGAAGGAUUCAUCCGCAAGGAGACUGUUUGUGUGAAGAAGGAGAGGCCCAGUGAUCAGGAGAAGGGUCUGUUUGAGGAUCUCCAGGAUGAUGAGGUGGAGGUGUUGCAGCAGAUGCUCUUCGGGGUGGUGCUAUGUGCUCUGGCCACCCUGGCUGCUAAGGGAGAUUUGGUCUACACAUCUGUGUUCAUGGGAGCAGUGGCAGCCAUGGCAGGCUACUGGCUUUCUGACAGGGGAGACCGUUUGUUGGACAGCUUUCUAAAGGGGCGUUAA